AUUUAAAUAUGAGAAGAACAAAGAACAGAGUUGACGUAGACGGAGUUGACACUGCAGGCAUCUCCGGCCUCAGACUCUUUGAAGGAGAAGACCUUUCCUUCCAAGAAAGAAUGAAGUGGCAGAAGGAAAGACAACUAGAAAUGAUCAAGGAACAGCUGAGAGAGAAGAAACUCAAGGAAAUGCAGGAUAAGCAAGAGGAGGAUGAGUGGGCUGAACAGACUGAUAUGCUUACGAAGAUGAGAGGCAUGCUUGAAGAAGAAAAUCAUACUAAGAGAUCGGACAAAGAAAGAGAAAUUCAGGAAGAGAAUAUGAGACUCGCUCUUAUUAAAAAACAAAGAGAGCAAGAAGAUAAAAACUGGAACGAAACAAUGAAUGCUACAGAGACUUAUAGGGACUAAGUAAUCAUCUACAAUAAUUUGUUAAUUCUUGUCUAUUCCCGCC